AGGACAAAGAUCACCAAGAAUGGAGGUGAUUGAUUCCACUUAUUUAGGAACAAAUCUGCAGCACUCCGUAUGUUUGCACGGUUGUAUAGGUAGAGCUAGUGGAUUCCUUGUGAUUCGAGCCAUUUGAUGGAAUUUGAAAUAAACAUGUUUUGGUGGAUAAAUUCAAGCUUGCCAGAUUCAGCGUCAAAAUCGAGACGUAAUUAGUGCCGCGUGAGGGUGGGCGAGGGUGAUAGGAUCGACACUAGGUAGUAAUUUUAAAAUAUUUUUGGCUGGAUGCCUAUGGCCAACGCAAUUUGCUGCUGGUCUGGAUCGAUUUUGAUGUUUUGCCGCCGAGUGAAAGUGAUUGUUUUUUGCUUUGGUUGCGCUUCGAAAUCCCCUUAUUUUUAGUGCGUAGAAUUUGGGGGAAAGCUGCAGAAGGGAACGCAGCUUCAGAUCGAAGGACGAGUCGCAGUUGUCGGGAUAUGAGAUGAAGUGGGCUGUGCUCAGAUCUCAUGGCUUUCAUUCUCCACGGCUGCUCAGAUGAACAAAGAUGUUGAAAUUCCACAGACAAGCAGGAGGCGUCAUUUGCCCCGCUUGCUGGAAGCGUACUUUUCUGGUCUGUUUUAUUCUACUGUUGCUACUCUGUCUCUGCGUUCAGCACUGUUUAGUGGCAUUUCAUCUGCAUCUGAAUACGGGUUUUGUUAUUCAGGGCAGAGAAAAUGGCAGUUUUGGAUUGGGGCUCAUCCACGAUGUGUCCCCCAGAGUGACGUUCAACAGGGGACCCGUCAUGUACGCCCUGAGGGAAGGUACUUCCAUGGUCAGGGUGUAUAAUAACAACUCCGCUGCAGGCAAAAAUAAGGAAAAGGUUCAGGUGAAGAUCAGCUGGACUAGUCCAAGCUUAGAUAGGCCCCCUUUCAAUGUGACGGAGGAGGAGAGAAUCAAAUGGUUCAAAAAUAAUUUGCGCAGCUUCAAAAUCUUGCAUCCUGAUGAACUUUCUGCGCAGUUUUCCGGCAAGGUUAAGGGUUUCUUCAAAAACUGCAAGCCGCGAUUCUUUAUGACCUGGAUAUCCCAUCCAAAAUCCUUCGGCCCGAGAGAGCUUUUGUCGGUGGAAAGUGUGUUUAAAUGGCAUCCGUCCGCGUGUCUGCUGAUAAUCUCCCGGACGAUGGAUUCCAAAAAGGGGGAACAAAUUCUCCGGCCCUUCGUAACCCGAGGGUUACGAGUCAUGGCGGCGGCGCCCGACUUAGGGUUUCUGUUUAAAGGCACCCCGGCGGAGGCCUGGCUCAGGGUUGUUGCAAAGGGCGACAUAGACCCGGGGGAAAUCUCCUUCGCUCAAAAUCUUUCCAACAUUCUUCGCCUUGCGGCUCUGUACAAGUAUGGCGGAAUAUACAUUGACAGCGACAUUAUAAUCCUGAAGCUCCUGUCGAAGCUGCGGAAUGCGAUCGGGGCUCAAAAUGUUGAUCCUGACAACGGGACCUGGAACCGCCUAAAUAAUGCCGUUCUGAUGUUCGACAAAGGGCAUCCUCUGGUGUGGAAAUUUAUCCAGGAGUUCGCGCUCACCUUUAAUGGUAAUAAAUGGGGGCAUAAUGGCCCUUAUCUGGUUACUCGCGUUGUUACUAGGGUUGCUAAUCGGCCUGGCUACGAUUUUCAAGUGUUGCCGCCAAUGGCUUUCUACCCUGUGGACUGGACUCGGAUCUACAGAUAUUUCAAGCAUCCGGACGGCAAUGUUGGGAUAAAGUGGAUCAGUGCCAAGUUGUUGCAGAUGGAGAAUGAAACGUAUGCCGUGCAUUUGUGGAAUAAGCAGAGCAGGCAACUGGAAGUGGAAAAGGACAGCAUUAUCCAUCAUAUCUUCAAUAAAUGUUGCCUUGUUUGCGAUCAUCGACAUUUUUUUAUGAAGUAAAUAGUCCUUCAAGCUGGAUUAGCUCUGGUUAAUGGGGUAGUCGUGUAAAGGAGAAGGUGCUCUUCUCCUGUUUUCUAAUGGCUGGCUGGAUUCAAAUUUUCUGUUCAGUUAUUUGGAGUAAUAAAGCUUAAUGUGCAGUGUCCUGUAUUUGGCUGCCCUUUUUCAGACCUGGUAAAUAAUAUUUUGGUACAUUUUUUUGGUUCA